AUGCUGAGCGUGAUCCGAGUUCAUCUCCCUUCCGAGAUUCCUAUAGUGGGCUGUGAAUUAACUCCUUACGUGCUUGUUCGCCGCCCCGAUAAGUCCGCCGCCACUGAAGAUGUCCCUGAAUCAGCUCCUCUCGAUGGCUACUUCUUGAGAUACAGAUGGUAUCGUGUACAGAGUGAUAAGAAAGUAACGAUUUGUAGUGUGCAUCCAACGGAGCAAGCCACUUUACAAUGUGUAUUCUGUUCAAAGCGUAGAUCCCUUGUUCCCAAAAGCUACCAUUGCUCUCCCAAAUGCUUUGUAGAUGCGUGGCAACAUCACAAGACUUUGCACGAGCGAGCAGCUGCAGAGAACGGGAACGAGGAAGAUGAGUUAGUCCGGUUUAACAGCACUGGCUCUGGUGUUCUCUCCGGUACCUUGUCCGGUUCCAUGUCUAAUCUAAGCCUCGCCAAUAAUGGCCCAACGCCGUUUUAUCCUUCUAGUAUUACGCAGAAGAAUGGAGGAGAGACGUUGAUCGAGGUUGGAAGUUGCAAAACAUACACGCCAACGGCUGAUGAUAUUGGCUAUGUGUUGAAGUUCGAAUGUGUUGUGGCUAAUGCUGAGAGUAAACAGAUUGUGGGACAUCCUAGUACUAUUUUGACUUCACGUGUUAUCCCUGCUCCUUCUCCGAGUCCUCGUAAGCUUAUCCCUGUUAAUGGAGCUGAUGUGAUGGGUCACUUAGAUCAUGAUGGUCGGAUUCAGUCUGCUGGAUCGUUUACUGUUCUUUCUUAUAAUAUUUUAGCUGAUACUUCAGCAAAUAGCGACCUUUAUAGUUAUUGUCCUCCUUGGGCUCUUUCUUGGUCAUAUAGACGACAUAAUCUGUUGAGGGAGAUUGUUGGCUAUCGUGCUGAUGUAGUUUGCCUACAAGAGGUACAAAGUGAUCAUUUCCAUGAAGUUUUUGCGCCUGAGUUGGAUAAACAUGGGUAUCAAGCUCUCUACAAGAGGAAGACUAAUGAGGUUCUCAGUGGAAGUACAAGUGCAAUUGAUGGAUGUGCAACAUUUUUCAGACGGGAUAGAUUUUUACAUGUCAAGAAAUAUGAUGUUGAAUUCAAUAAGGCUGCUCAGUCUUUGACUGAGACUUUAAUCCCUCCUACGCAGAAGAGAACAGCUUUAAACCGACUUGUUAAGGAUAACAUUGCGCUGAUAGUUGUUCUUGAAGCGAAAUUUGGUAAUCAACCUGUUGAUUCUUUAGGGAAGCGCCAGCUUAUCUGUGUGGCAAACACACAUGUUAAUGUACAACAAGAACUGAAGGACGUGAAGCUCUGGCAGGUCCACACCUUAUUAAAGGGGCUGGAGAAAAUAGCUGCUAGUGCAGACAUUCCUAUGCUUGUAUGUGGAGACUUCAACACGCUUCCUAGAAGUGCACCUCAUACGCUUCUUACAAUGGGAAAGGUUGAUCCACUACACCCAGAUCUAAUGGUUGAUCCCCUUGGAAUCCUGCGUCCUCUCGCCAAGCUGACUCAUCAGUUGCCUCUGGUGAGUGCGUAUUCAUCGUUUGGAAUAGUUCUUGGAUUGGAACAACACAGAAGGAGAAUGGAUCUUAAUACAAAUGAGCCUUUGUUUACCAAUUGUACAAGGGACUUCAUUGGCACUCAUGACUAUAUAUUUUAUACAGCGGAUACAUUAAUGGUGGAGUCUUUAUUGGAAUUGUUGGAUGAAGAUGGAUUGAGAAAAGAUACAGCCCUUCCUUCACCUGAAUGGUCUUCUAGUCACAUUGCACUCUUGGCUGAGUUUCGAUGCAUGCCUAGAACCAGACGCUAACCACCUUCACCCAUGAUAGGUUUUUUUUUUUCUUCUUCUUUUGGUUU